GCGCGGGCGCGGGCGCCGCGCAUUGUCAGUCGCCGCGAUACCGCCACCCGGUGCAGCGACAUCGGCUCGCUUCCUUUCCUCUAGCACGAUAGCGACGUGAUGGACGAAGGCGCUGCGCCGAGAGACGCACCAAGCGGCGUGGAUGUGGACAGCAUAGUGCGACAGCUGGGCGUGCUGGGACGGUUCCACCGGCGCGUGUACCCGUUGGUGGCACUGGCCGCGAUGCAGGUCGGCCUGCUGCAUACCACGUACAUCUUCCUUGCUGGCGACGUCAACUACAGGUACCAAAUGUCAGAUAGUUCUCCGGCGGCGGCGGCGCCCGUGCCCGGCGGAGGUGUGGACACGGAGCAGUUGAUGCAGGAGCUGGGCCAGUUCCGGCGGUUUCACUUGGUCAAUUAUUGCCUGCUGGCGUUGGUGGGUUACUUCGCCGCGCACCACGCUCUAAAUUAUGUCUUCCUCGCCGCUGAUGUGGACUACAGAUGCGUAGUGCCAGAGUGCGAAUCGGCGAACAGCUCCGUGUACACGCCAGGAUGGCUGGCGCAGGCGCUGCCACUGGGUGCGCCGCGCGACCGCCGCUGUUCUCGCCGCGUGCCACUCGAUCGCUCUCUUACCGAGUCGCUUACCUGCGAAGACGACGCCGUAUUCGCCGAAGAAGCGCUGCCCUGCGACCAGUGGCUGUACGCCAGCAACGACACCAUCGUCGCCGAGUUCAAUUUGGCGUGUCAGGAGUGGAAGCGCACAUUGGUCGGUACUAUCCACAACAUCGGCAUGCUGGUAUCGCUGCCCAUUUUCGGAUAUAUCUCGGACCGGUGGGGCCGCAAGCGCGCGCUGAUCCUGAGCUGCACGUUGGUGGGCGCGGUGGGCUCGCUCAAGGCCUUCUCGGUCUCCUACGAGAUGUAUGUCUUAGUCGAGUUCCUCGAGACUAUCGCCGGCGCCAGUGCGUUCCCCGCCGCAUAUAUUCUGACUAUUGAGCUAUUAGGACAAGACAAGCGAGUUCUGACGACGGCAUUUCUUGGCAUCGUGCUGGUCAUAGGCGGGCUGAGCUUCGCGCUUCUCGCCAAGACCUUUCAUUAUUGGCGCACGUUCAUCCUUAUCGUGUAUCCGCCCUCUCUGCUCUUCCUGCUCUAUAUCUACCUCCUGCCGGAGAGCAUCCGGUGGCUUCUCACCAAAGGCAGAAAGGAGGAAGCUGUCGAAAUUAUAAUGAGAGCUGCUAAGAUGAACAACGUGACUUUAUCGGAAGAAACGGUGAAACAACUCACCGAGGAGAAAUUGAAGCCCGUGGAACAGAAGAAAGAAAAGUCGCAAGAGGAUGGUCUGUGGAUACAGGUGUUGCGCUCGCCGAUCAUCAUGAAGCGGCUGGCCAUCUGCUCGUGGUGGUGGAUCACAUGCACGUUCGUGUUCUACGGCAUGGCGAUCAACUCGGUGUCUCUGGCGGGCGAUAAAUACACCAACUACAUGCUGGUCGUUAGCGUAGAGGUGAUCGCCGUCGUCACCAACGCCCUGGUUCUUGAUCGUAUCGGGCGUAAGCGAACGCUUCUCGCGGCAUACGUUGUCUGUGGCUUCUCUCUUGUGGCUAUCACAUUUGUUCCAGCAGAUCUGACUUGGCUGGCGACGUUGCUGUACCUGGUGGGCAAGGUGGCUAUCACGCAGGCAUUUAGCGGCAUAUACAUGUACACGUCAGAACUGUUCCCGACUCACGCGCGCCACUCACUGCUCGGCUUUUGCUCCAUGGUGGGCCGUAUCGGAUCUAUCGUGGCACCACAAAUGCCGCUUUUGGCGCUCUACGUGGAGUGGUUGCCGUCGGUGCUGUUCGGGUGCACCGCGCUGGUCGCGGGCGCGCUGAUGCUGACUACACCGGAGACGCUGCACACGCGUUUGCCCGAUACCAUCAAGGAAGCCGAGCAGCUGGCGCGACGCCCCGCCGCCUCCUCUACCGUGUCCCCCGCCAAACAGAAUGAUAUGCAGAUGACAUCACGGUGCUAGCGAGUCAGUUGCCUACUAGAGACUCAAAGACAUCAUGACUUAAUAUUGUAUCAUUUUAACUUAUUUAGUUAGGCCAUUAUCAGUUAAUACCUACAGUGAUUACGUAACUUUGAUGAUGCGUUUUUUUGUAUUGAAUUAAGUAUGUGUGUUCAUAAUGUAUAUAUAGCUUAUCGACUCUUCUGCCUGCUGGUAGAGUCGUUGUAUGUCAUAAUGGUGAACCGUAGACACAAACACGUAAUCAAUCAAGUAAAAAAAUGUAGAUACAAACAAUUAGGUAUAAUUAAAUGUUAUUGUUCCAUUCAGCGUUCCACAUAUAACUGAUGUGUCCUGAUAAGUGCCUUCCU